GGUGUGGGAAAGUAUACGACUCUUCAUGUGGACGCUACAACAUGGAAAGGUAUGGCUUCAGUGCUUCUAGAUCCGGAUAUACACUCACUCUAUAGGCUACUUUCUUCAAUCACAUCAUGCAGCUUUCCAUUAGGGCUUAGACACGUAGCCUGCUUUUCAACAAAUUUACUUUUACAGGUCUUCAAGAAGAUCAUUCUUCUCAGAGCAACUACCUACGAGAUCACUUAAGGAAGUAGGCUAUCGCUCAUUCAUCUCUAGUGCCGAAGAUUCCUCAACCUUCUCGAAGGGAGGUCGAUACUUUUCAAGAGGGAUCUUCACAGGACAGCGAUGGAUUCGGGGUAGCUCUAAUCAAUUCGCAUUUCUUGCUAAGGACGAACUCCACCAGCAUUCUUUUUCUCGAAUUCACAGACAAGAAGUGGGACGAAAGCUUUGGCUAUCCCUGCCUGACUCUCGGAGGAACGAACGGGAUUCGAUCAAAUUUUGAGUAUGAGUGGAUGGAUGGAAAAUCAUGAGCAGAAGCCAAUGUACUUGCGCCUUAUAAAACGCAAUUGGCUUCAUCUUAUGAUAGUGACUGUUUUUCUACAAGGACUAACUCAAACUUUUCCCUUUUUUCCUCCAUCUCUGCACUGUGCUAUGUGAUUAUCACCUCUCCAUCUCUGCGCCUCUCCAUCUCUGCACUAUGAGAUUAUCAUCGAUUACAUCUACAUAACCAGUAACAUCAACUACAGGCUGCAGAAUGAUGGAAGACGAGCUGCGAGUUUCAAGAUGGUUCAAUUGUGCGCUGAAAAUUUGCAACGUGGCAGAAUGUGGAAUACGUUUAUCCAUCAGCUUUCACUAUUUCUUGAGCUGAUUAGAAGUCUUUUUUCAGAUGAUUGUUGUCGAAACCUAUGUGCCAGAAGAUGCAGAUUGUGUACAAAUGAAUAAUGAUGAUGACCUACCUAGACCGGAGUCCGGUAAUUAUAGAACUUACUGAAUAAAUUAUGAUGUUUAUGAAAAGGAGAUGCUAUUAUCUAUGUACUGCACAGGAAUUUACUCCCAGGAUUACCACUAGGAGUUCAGUAGUUGGAACAAUUAGAAGUCAAUGUUGUACCAUCUUGGAGGUUUAGUUGUUGUCUCUGCGGUAACUAUCACAAAAUGCAGCAACAGAGAUCAAAAUAUUCGAAAAGCGAAUUGUCGGUAGAAGUCUUUCUCAUUAUAGAUAGAGUACAUGUACAACUGAUACUUACAGGAUCGACGUCGAGCAGUCAACCAUACUACUCAUAUUUCAAUAAGCACUUUUACAGAUGUUUAAGUUUAAGAGCUGUUGCACACAAUGGAUCUCUACUGCUGACUUCGAAGACAUCAAACAAGCCGCUUUAUAUUGACAAGCGACAACUUCGCAUUGACAAGGACAACUCUUUGCAAAAAAAUCAUCAUCGCCUGUCGUUUCGAUCAUUCUUAAUUUGAUGAGCUGAUACAGCCUGAGUCUUUGUCGGAAGAAACGAAACCCAAAAUUUUAUAUGGUGAGGAGGGUAUCACGAUCACGAAUGUCCAAGAGUGAGCACUUACUAUCAUGAGACUUCGUCCGCUUCAGUGUUCGCGCGACGUGCUAAGAAGGAAGUUGGAUUGGCGUCGACUAGAAAGAAGGCUAAAGUGGCGUUGAAUCGGGCUAGGACCGACUACAGAAAGGACCUCUUCGCAGGACAAAGUCACUUUUUGCGAAGUAGAUCGCUCUGUAGCAGCAAGAGACUGAGACAGCAUACAGUUGCAUUGUCCAUUACUAGGGAAGUUGCUCCUCUGGACCCCACGUGGCAAAUAUAGUGGGCUAGGAAGUUCCUCCUUACUGCAGCGCGAUUUUUUUAGCUUCCUUGACUAUUUUGAAAACGAGAAAGAGAGAAG